AUGGGGACGGCGCUGGAUUCAUUGUCAGCUCCUUUGAAUGUUCGUCGUCCAGCGGCACCGACAUUGCCCAGCUUCGAGCUUCCACCACCACCAUUUAAUUUGGGAGCUUCCGCACCCAAAUACGGACAGCCCAGUCAUCCUCCAAUCUCCCUUCCAGCAAAUGUGAGCGUGGGGAAUUUGUUAACGCCACCCGCCACGAUUCAGCAGGGGGAACACGCCACACCCCAGCCUUUGGCGCCGUCAACAGGCGCAUCCGAUCUGCCACCAGCAUAUUGGCCGGCUAGCCCAUACGGACAACCUUGGGGAUCAGGUGUGAAUACUUAUCCAACUCGAACGUCAUCUGGUAUGCAUGUGCGCUCGUCGAUCACAUCACCACCGACGACCGACGGACUACCACAUCCAUAUGAGACACCUUCAGUAUCUUAUCAAUCAUACCAAGCUCUACCCGCUCCAUCGACAAUGCCCCCUUCCGCCUCACAACCUGCUAUGACCAUGUACCACGGUGGACCCGCCACAUCUCCAGCUCCACUUCAAUCGAACGAUCCAUAUGCCCACAAAACCCAGCAUAUGUAUGCCGCUUCUCCCCCCAUGACGAGUCCCCAUCAAGCGGGAUUCUCAAUGUAUGGCCCCGCGGGGCUCGGCAUUCACCCUCCGAAUCGAAUGUCCGUUCACAGUCCAUCGGCUGGGCAACCACCCCUGGGCUAUCCCCGCCAACCCUGGCCUUCUUAUUCUCUCCCCGCCAUGAAUGGUCCCGUCAUGACCAACGUGCACAGUCCCGGGGGCCCGAUGUCAAUGAUGGGCGGUAUGCAACCUGGGCUUCUACCUGGAUUCAAUAGUGGCCAUGUCGCCAGCUCGCAGCAUCUAUAUGGCGGUCAUCCACCACCGCAUGGGAUGUCCGCUCCAGCGGCCGACCGUCCGUUCAAGUGCGAUCAGUGUCCCCAAAGUUUCAACCGAAAUCACGAUCUCAAGCGACACAAACGUAUUCAUCUGGCCGUGAAACCUUUCCCCUGCUCCCACUGUGACAAGAGUUUUUCACGAAAAGACGCCCUCAAGGUAUAUCUCCCUUCACGCCUGCAUGAGAAGAAUUUGAGUACUGACCUCAUCAAUAGCGGCAUAUUCUUGUCAAAGGGUGCGGAAAAGACGGUGAUUCAGACGCGAACAGCAAUCAAGCUGGAGCCGAUAUCAAAGGCGAAGGACGGAGUGAGGAUGGCAGCCCUCUUCUUAAUGGACGUUAAGCAGGGAUCUGCUCCGCUGUGA